CCUACUACUACACUAGUACUACUUAUUGUCCUAUAUUUUGUGUCUAUUUUCAUGUUUUCUGAUAAUACGAAACAAAUAUGCAUUUAAUUGUAGUUGCGUGUCCAACUAUGUAUGUUUAAAAUGCAGGAUACCUUUCAUAAUUUCCGGUUUUAUCUAAUUCGGUUGUGGGACUCGCGUGCUUAGUGAUGUUAUUUGUGAAGCAUAAAAUGCCUUUAAAUACGCAACCUGCCAUUAAUGCUAUGAGCGACGGUUUCAUUUCAAGUAAAGUAGGUCAUAACAAGUAGGUACACACUAUAACGACCAACCACAGGUUGCAACAUUAUUUUUCCAGCAACUAAUUCAUGUUAUCUUUAAAAACUUCAAUCUAUCACAGGCAGGUUCAAAUUUCCAACCAUAAAGUAUUUAACGUGAUUUCUUUCACGCAGGGACGUUCAUCUCGAAUUUUCUCCAAAAUAAUAUUAAAACAAAUCAGUUAGAAAUAAAUACAGACAUAAGAACAUUUCGAACAACAGCAAAAUUAAAGGAACCAAGGGACUUGUUCGCACUUCCAAAAGAGCUUGAUUGUCCUCAGCAAGCACCUCGGUGGCCCACGGAAUGUCAAGUAGUAGAGGAAAAAAUUCAACACAUUAUAUGGAGUCCCGCAUCUCCUGAACCAUAUUACAUAUCAUCAGGGAAGGAGCUGCAGCCACAACCUGUCGGUGAAGAUGCAGGAACCGUUAUUUUUCAAUAUUAUCCGAUGAGUGCCGUAAACUAUGUAAGCAAUUGUACAUUAAAGUCUUCCAAGUUCCAAGUAAAACUUGCUGAUGUACUUUCAUUUUACAGUUUAGCCGGUCCACUGUCGGAGGAUCUCGCUUAUAUUUAUCAGCAUGCGCCAGUGCCGGUGGAGAAGAUGAACUAAGAUUUGAAUCUCGUUUUGAAAGUGGAAAUUUAGCAAAAGCAAUACGCAUUACUUCAGCAUAUUAUGAACUACAUCUCCGCACUGACCUUUAUACUAACAGGCAUAUGCAAUGGUUCUAUUUCAGAGUAACGAACACAAAAAAGCAAAUGACAUACAGGUAAUACUGGUAGCAUGAUAAAUCCUCGUUCCAUGUUGAUUCCUAAAAAUUAUACACAUGCAAAAUGUUACAGAUUUUCCAUAGUGAACUUAUCGAAAGCCGAAAGCUUAUACAACGAGGGCAUGCGACCUCUAUUAUACUCGACCAAGGACGCUCAGUUGCAUUCGAUCGGCUGGAGACGAUGCGGUGAUAACAUCGCUUACUACAAAAAUGAUUCGUCGUCGGAAGAAGAAGAGCAAUUUCCAAGUUACACAUUAACAUUCAAUAUAGAAUUCCCUCAUACAGACGAUGCUGUGUAUAUUGCUCAUUGUUACCCCUACACUUACUCUGAUCUCCAAGAAUAUUUAUCUAAAUUACAAUCUCAUCCCGUUAAAUCAACAUAUGCUAAACUAAGGCUACUUUGUAGAACAUUGGCUGGGAACAAUGUAUAUUAUCUAACUGUAACAGCUCCACCGAGUUCUUGUGAAGCAGAGCAAAAGAAAAAGAAAGCGGUUGUUAUAACAGCAAGGGUACACCCUGGUGAAACUCCUUCAUCUUGGAUGAUGAAAGGUUUUAUGGAUUAUCUAACUGGAGAUUCGAAUCAAGCUCGCGAAUUAAGGGAAAAAUUCAUAUUCAAAUUAGUACCAAUGUUGAAUCCUGAUGGUGUAAUCGUUGGUAACAAUCGAUGUUCACUGACCGGAAAGGAUUUGAAUAGACAAUAUCGAACGGUUAUACGGGAAACAUAUCCACCCGUCUGGCAUACGAAAGUGAUGAUACGGAGUGAUGAAGGAGAUACUUCGAGUAGUAGUUCAGAAGGUGGACAUAGAAGAGAAUCCACAAAGCAACCGGCUCCACCUCCUUCACCCAUAUUUCCCGAUAUUAAUAAAAAUUUAAACGAGAAACCAAGAAAACCACGGCCAAGGCUUGAAAAAAUGAAACGAAUCGAAAAGAAAAAAACGAAACGGGAAACUUUACAGGUAUCACGAGCAACAAUAGAUUUAACAUCAGAUGCCAUGACGGACAUGUCAUCGGACGCGGAAUCGUACGAUGGAAACCACAGUCCUAUGAGGAGAGUUCAAAAACUGAUUCACUCGUCAAUGAAAGUUAAACCAAGGCGGAAGAAAAAAAUGCCACCUGAACUGAAAAUCGUGAAAGCACCGACAAGUGAUUCGCCUUAUCAUUCCGAUCAUGAAAAGGCCUUGAAAUGUAGACGACCUAGAAGUGUAUCGAUGUUUAACGAGACAACAGAGAAACCGAGACUGAAUCCAGCUUCAUGGCAUCAAUUUAGGUGUUUACCGCCAGCAAAAUGCUUAUCGGAGGUAAAAAGUAGAAGUACUCAGCCAUCUGAGCUGCAGGUGAAGUUGAGUACACUUAAAAGAAAUGUGUGGACGGGAGUACAAAGUGAAGAAAAAGGUCCAUUGUCAUGGGGCAUAUCAAGUUUUGCAAUGAAUUCAUAUUUUACUGACAGUGAAGCUUUGUUACGAUCCUGUUCUAAGAAACUAGAAGAGCUUGAGGGGGAACAACAAAAAGCUAAGGAUGAUAAAAAGAAGAAAAAAGCCAAAACAAAAAAGCUUACACUUAAAGUGCCAAAUUCAUUGAAUGAUAGCAUAGAACCUAUUAACACAAAAUUACCAAAACCUUGGAAGAAAAAAGGAAAAUUAAAAAGUAAGUCUGAGAGUUCCCCGUACCAAAACAAUACCAGUUUUACGGACAUACCUCGUAACACCCAACAAGUAUCAAAAUCAGUGCAUGCAGAAAACAGAUUAGCUAAAUCAAGAUUCAAGAAAGGUGCUAUUGUCACCACUGCUGUGCAGUCGAAAAAACAAAUUGCCAAAGCUAAUAUUAUUUCUGACAACUCCGACUCAGAUACUUCUCUUCAAAUAAGCAAGAAAAUUAAAAAGAAAAAUAAAAUUGUAAAAAGUAAGUUUUGUAAAACAAUGUCUGAAAAUAAAUCUAAGAAUUAAAUGUGUUCUUUUUUGUGUUCCCAAACCAACACCCCCAGCAGAAAUGUAAUUAAAUAAUUUGUAG